AUGGCAUCCAAUCCGAAACCUGGUGGUGUCCAGUUGACAUUCCUCACAACAGGAACAGUACGCAUUAGACCCUCAAUGCGUUCGCAACCAGUAAGCAAAUUUGCGAUUUUUCGACGUCUGCGAUCACUUUGCGACAAACAAUGGACCGAGCCAUUACCAGUCGGGGUGUUCCUCAUUCGCCACCCUGAGGGUCUCUUCCUUAUGGACACCGGACAAUCUCCAUGCUGCAACGACACUGGAUAUUUCCCACGACUCGCUCUCUUCAAUGGCUUCCUAAGCGAGUUCACCAUUGAGCGUCAGGACGGAGUCCUUGAACAACUUCACAAGCUCGGUAUCAAGGCGACUGAUCUCAAAGCCGUGAUCUUGAGUCACCUCCACAACGACCACGCGGGUGGAUUAGAGGACCUGAUCGCGGAAGCACCAGAUCUACCGAUAUACGUCAGUCGUGAGCACUGGGGUGCUUUUGGGGAACAUCCUCUCUUUGCAAGCAUGGAGGGAGCGACACCAAAUCAUUGGCCGAAGGAAUUCUCUCCAAAGAUUGUAGACCUGCAGGACAGACCACUUGGACCCUGGAAGCAGUCUUACCCUGUAACGGAGGAUGGCAGAAUUGCCAUCGUUGAUACGUCGGGACAUGUGCCCGGGCAUAUCAGUUUGGUGAUUUACGGCGAUGGGGAAGACGAACAGAGUCAAGUCAUAUACUUCCUCCCUGGGGAUGCAACAUAUAGCUUGGACCUUUUGGACAAGGAAGAACCCGAUGGGAUCAACGAUGACCCUAUGCGUGCUUACCAAACGUUGAAGAUGAUCAAGAAAUUUGCCAAAGAGACUGAUGUGGUUGUCUUGCCCAGUCACGAUGUCAAUACACCUCGCUUGCUUGCUGAGCGAGUAGUCUACCGACCAAGAGAGAAAGAGUGA